GGGGACGGACGGCUCGGCCGAGCCAGGUGGGCGGGGGGCAAAGGGCCCCGGCUCGGGCCACCCAAGACCAGAAACAGAAGCAGAAGUCGGGACCGCAGAACCACAAGGCUCGGAGCGGAGGAGGAAGCGGCGGGCAGCAUGGACCGGCUGUGGGGGCUGCUCUCCGGAGUGCACGGAGAGCUGGGCCCAGGCCGGGCCUACGGCACCUACAGGCAGGUGGAGGGCGACAAGGAGAGGCCGAUGGAGGAAGAAGAGGGAGAGCCCCCGGCCCCCCCGGGCCUCAUGGAGCUGAGGAUGUCGCAGUCACGGAGGAGGGGGUCAGGGGCAUCCGGGGAGCAGAGCCUGAGCGCCCUGGUGGGGGCCGGGCCCCGGGCCCUGCGCAAGAUGGCCACCUACCUCAUCCUCGUCUCCCUCCUCAUCUUCACCGUGGCUUUCCUCCUGGGCUAUGUCGUUUUCCGGGGCUCCUGCCAGUCUUGCGGAGACUACGUGACCGCGGUGGGCGAUGAUUCGGGGUACGAGGCGGGCCCGGACGCGGCCCGCUCCACCCUCUACUGGGCCGACCUGCAGGAGAUGUUCCACAAGUACCUGGACGAGGGGCAGCUGGAGGCCUCCAUCAGGUCCACCAGCUCCCUGGAGCGCACCUCGGGCUCCGCGGGGAUGACCGCUCUGUCUCACCAAAUCCGGAACACGUUCUCCCAGAGGAAGCUGGACCACGUCUGGACUGACACACACUACGUGGGGCUGCAGUUCCCCGACCGGCUCCAGCCCAACUCCCUCUAUUGGGUGGACAAGGCCGGGGAAGUAACAGACCAGCUGCCUCUGGAAGAUCCCGACGUCUACUGUCCCUACAGCGCCAACGGAAACGCCACGGGCAGUCUGGUGUACGCUAACUAUGGGCGGCAGGAGGACCUGGAGGCUUUGAGGAGGAGGGGAGUGAACCCCGCCGGACACCUGGUCCUCGUCCGGGUCGGGGAGACCAGCUUCGCGGAGAAGGUAGCCAACGCCCAGGCCUUCGGGGCCCAGGGAGUCCUGAUCUACCCUGACCCCGCGGACAUCUUGCAGGAUCCCCGCAAACUGGGGCUGUCCAGCCACACGGCCGUCUAUGGACAUGUUCACCUGGGCACGGGGGACCCCUACACCCCUGGUUUUCCUUCCUUCAACCAAACCCAGUUCCCACCCGUAGAGUCAUCGGGGCUUCCGGGCAUUGUGGCCCAACCCAUCAGUGCCAACGUGGCCAGCAGACUGCUGAAGAGUCUGUCCGGCCCCGAGGCCCCCCGGGAGUGGAAGGGACGCCUCCCCGGGACCCCGUAUAGCCUGGGCCCAACUCUGACCCCCGUGGGGUCCCAGCUCCGCCUGGUCGUCAACAACCUCCGCGUCUCCACCCCCAUCAACAAUAUCUUCGGCUGCAUCGAGGGGCGCUCGGAGCCUGAUCACUACGUGGUCAUCGGGGCUCAGAGGGACGCCUGGGGCCCGGGGGCCGCCAAGUCUGCCGUGGGGACCGCCAUCUUGCUGGAACUGGUGCGGACCUUCUCGGCCAUGGUGAGCAAUGGCUUUCAGCCCCGCCGGAGUCUGCUGUUUGUCAGCUGGGACGCCGGAGACUUCGGCAGCGUCGGCUCCACGGAAUGGCUGGAGGGCUACCUCACUGUGCUGCACCUCAAAGCCGCCGUCUACGUGAGCCUGGAUAAUGCCGUUCUAGGAGACGACAAAUUCUACGCCAAGACCAGCCCUCUCCUCGUCAGCCUCAUCGAGAGCGUCCUCAAGCAGGCCCUUCGCCCCCAUUCCCUCUCACCUGCCCAGGUGGACUCCCCCAACCGGAGUGGCCAGACCCUCUAUGAGCAGGUGGUGUUUCCCGACCGCAAGUGGGAGGCAGAGGUGAUCCGGCCCCUGGCCAUGGACAGCAGCGCUUACUCCUUCACCGCCUUUGGUGGCGUCCCCGCCGUGGAGUUCUCCUUCACUGAGGACGGCCAGGCCUACCCGUUCCUGAACACCAAGGAGGACACGUACGACAAUCUGAACGGGGCGCUGUUCGGGCGGCUGCCGGCGGUGGCCCGGGCCGUGGCCGUGGUGGUGGGCCAGCUGCUCAUCCGCCUCAGCCACGACCACCUGCUGCCCCUCGACUUCGGGUGCUACGGCGACGUGGUCCUGCAGCACAUCGGCAGGCUCAACGAGUUCUCCGGCGAGCUCAAGGCCCGGGGCCUCACCCUGCAGUGGAUGUACUCGGCCCGCGGCGACUAUGUCCGCGCAGCGGAGAAACUGAGGAAGGAGAUCUACAGCUCCGAGGAGAGCAACGAGAGACUCAUGCGCACCUACAACGUCCGCAUCAUGAGGGUGGAGUUUUAUUUCCUGUCCCAGUACGUCUCGCCUGCCGUGUUCCCCUUCCGGCACAUCCUCCUGGGCCGGGGCGAUCACACCCUGGGCGCCCUGCUGGACCACCUGCGGCUGCUGCGCCGGGACCGAGCGCCCACCCAAGGGGGGGCACCCCCGCCCGGACCCGGCUUCCAGGAGGGACGUUUCCGCCGCCAGCUGGCCCUGCUCACCUGGACCCUGCAGGGAGCGGCCAAUGCCCUCAGCGGGGACGUCUGGAACAUCGACAACAACUUCUGAGCGGGACCGUGGUCCUCCCUCCUUCCCUCCUCCCCUUCUCCCUGGAAACCCUCUACACCCCCAGAGGAGGAGUUGAGGCGGGGGGGGGGGGGGUCUCUUCCCUCCCAGCUCUCCACCUCUUCCACCUCUCCCCCAACCCAACGCUCUCCCCUCUCCCCCAGUUAAUCCCAAUUGAUUUCGGGGUGACGGCGGUUCCCGUAGAAACCGCUUCUAUCAUCUCUGAUCCUAAUUCUCCUUAUUAAUACCCCCUCCCCCCCCGAAUGUAAGAAUGGGAUUAUCGGAAGCAGUGACUUCCAUAAUUUGACGGUCAUACUGUCGGCCAAUCAGAGAGCAGCAUCUGCUCAGCCAAUUUACCCCUUCCCCGCUGCCCCCCCACCGGACACCUGGGUCCCCCCAAGCUAGAGGGCUGUGUCCUUCGGUCUCCCCCACUUCCCCCACCUCCGCCGCCAAGCCCUGUCCCAGGACAGGGAUCUCGAUUUGCACUCCCCCAUCUCUGCCAGCGGAGGGGAGGGGACGGGGCGGGCUGGGCGGACCCUCCCUCAAUAAAUGUGUCCGAGGCUGCUGCUGCUAA